UGGAUGCAAACAAAGAGAAGACUGGUACGCACACCCACACCCCACACCCCACACCCACACACCACACCCCACACCCACACCCCACACCCCACACCCACACCCACGUGCGAUGUCUUUGCGAUUCAAGAAGUCAUCGACCUGAUAUUGUUGACUUGCUCAAACAUUAUGCACCACCAACAUCGAUGGUGGCAUGAAGAAAUUAUGAAGAUAUUACCAUUCGAUUAUAAAAUUUGUUACUCAUUUGUAAAAAUUUUUCAAAUAAAAUUGAAAAAUAUGAUUUCAAUUACUAAAGAGAAAAUGUCCUUCGAUAUUUUUCAUUUCAAAUAUCAAGAGAAUUUUUUUCUAGUCAAUCUUUAGUUAGAAAGUCAUGAACGUAAAGAAUUUUGAAAUGUUAUUGGUGGGUAGGGGUGGAUGUCGUUCUUGUUUCAUCGGUGUCCACACUCGCAUCUAUAUCUUCACCCUGAUCGAUAACUAUCUGACGAUUUAGGACAUCGUAUAAAUAGAUGCCGAUUGAUGAGUAAUUGUUUUCUUGGUCAAAUAGUGACUGAUCGUCUACAACACGAACGAGAACCAAAUCCGUAUGUGAACGUGCUAUUUCUAUACAUAUCAAUCAUUAGCGAUAUCUUCAUCCAAUUAUACUAUUGUUUGGAUUUAGAUUGAUCGGUGCUGCUCAUACAAAAUUAGAUGAACAUUCUACAGACUGUCCUACAGCUUUACCAAUAUUCUUGGAAUGCCGACCGAAGUAUUUGUGUUUUGUUCCGAUGACUGACGAACAAGUUCGCAUCGGUGAUGCUAAUAUAACUUCGAUAGAGAGAAACUUUUUAGCUAAAUAUCAAGGUUCAAUAUCAAUAGAAGAAACAGAAAGAAGUUCAUAUCUACGUGAUAUGGAAUUAGUACGAUGA